AUGGGUGAAGCAGGUUUAAACGAAGUGAACAUGUUGUCGUCCUAUGAGGAAUCACCUAAACUACAACGUCUCAAGAGGACUAUGAAGGAUAAAUGCUUGGUGAUAGGAGAAACAACAAUGUACUACGGAAAUUUCGGAUCCGUCCAAGUCAUGACUCCCAUUCCGGGAUCCCCGAAUCUAGACAAUGAAUCAGAAAUAGCCAACAUUCCCAAAGAUUACCGCAACCGCCCAACGGAAGCCGAUGUUCCGCCCCAACAGCCCGAGCUCCAAGCUAUUUUGAAGAAAGAAAAGAAACUGGCUUCGGAAAGAAGAAAGAAUACGACGGUAGACAAAAAGAAAGCUCCGAAGUAUGCGUUGCCACCAUUAAAAGCUCCGUCCGGUGCCACGAAUAGUCGAGGUCCACAGCGGGCGUCAAAGGGAAGAACGCCGUGCCAUUUCCAACCUACAAAUUACACUAACUACAUAGACAAUACCUAUUUCCUAGGAUCAUCAGAGGCUUGGAUUCCACAACCAGGCUUCAAACCAAGCGACAAGAAAAUUAUGCCAAAAAACAAUUUUACAUCAAAGUCUUCAAGCUUGAAAAAUGGAUCUCUUAGUAAACUAAUUGAAUCGACAAAGAGAGUACAGGGUCCAUCUUCGCUAGAAACUUCUUCAUCUGCCAGUUUCCACCUUCCUGCUAUUCAUGGAACCAGCACAUCAGUAGCCUCACAGACCUCCCCACAAGCUAUUAAGUACAUCAACAUUUACAAGGACGACGGUCAUCUGCCUCCGCUAAAGGUUAGCACGAUGUCAAUUGCCAACAGACGAAUUGAAAAGGAACAUUACAAAGUCACAAAGAGUUUCCAAUGGUAG